AUGUGGAAGAGAAAGCUGCAGAUCAGCAGGAGUAAAGGCUCACGCAGGAACAGCUCAGCUUUAGCUGAAAAAACAGAAGUGCUGAGUGACGAUCUAUUACAGGUGGAGAAACGUCUGGAGCUGGUCAAGCAGGUGUCCCACAGCACACACAAGAAGCUGACCGCCUGUCUGCAGGGCCAGCAGGGCGUAGACGUGGACAAGAAGUCUAAGAAGCUUCCUCUUACAACACUAGCACAAUGUAUGGUGGAGGGAGCGGCGGUGCUCGGGGACGAGUCUCUACUAGGGAAGAUGCUGAAGCUCUGCGGAGAGACGCAGGAGAAACUGGCUCAGGAGCUCAUCCUGUUCGAAGUCACCAUCGAGAGAGACGUCGUGGAGCCUCUGUACGACCUGGCAGAGGUGGAAAUCCCAAAUAUCCAGAAACAAAGGAAACAUUUAGCAAAACUGGUCCUGGACAUGGACUCUGCACGCACACGGUUUUAUCAGUCCGGCAAGUCUUCAGGAUUGUCCAGUAACCUGCAGCCAACAGGAGGAAAGGCCGACCACCUCAGGGAAGAGAUGGAGGAGGCAGCCAACCGCAUGGAGAUCUGUCGA